UGUGAACCAAUCGAGCCUUUGCUGAGGGAUCCGAUAAUGCGACACUUACUAGUGAUGGAUUUACCGCAUGAAGUGCGUGUGCAUUUACUGGUCGAUAAACGCGCUCUUCGAUAUGUAGAGCAUUUGUUGUUGACUAUGUGCGGAAUGGGAUUGUUCCGAGUUGCGCCGAAUGUCGACCCGAAACGAUACCCGUUAAUUGGCGAGCAGUUUUUCUUCAUGAUGCGCGGUGGUGUUUUGCGUGACACGAGCACAUCGGAUCGAGGUUACGCGUGUGUUACACCGCCGAUUGAACGUUAUCAACUCUACGAUUAUUCGUUUGAGUCUCUCGAGGCACGUUCCCUUCCUUAA